AUGAGAUUAUUUAACUUUAGUCACAUCCAAUUUUUCUCAAAAAAAUUAUUAGGCCAUCUGAAAAUUCACAAUCAAGUUGCAAAUUACAAUUUUAAUUAUGAGGCCACAAAUGAUCUAGACGGUCCAAAUAACAAAGUAAUUAAUAUCCCUUGUGACGACAUCAAGUCAAAGUUACCGCCGACAGCAAAACUGUUGCAGUGCGAUAAUAAUGCCACAGUCGCGCUCCUGGGAACGGUGCAUUUUAGCAAGAAGUCGAUUAAUGACGUCUCUGAGGUUGUUAAAAUAAUGCGCCCAAAUGGAAUUCUUGUGGAGUUGUGUCACCAAAGGUUAGGCAUCCUAGAAUUGGACGAACAAAAAUUUAUUCAAGAUGCUAAAAAUCUGGAUCGCAAGCGACUUAAAGAGGCUGUCAAAGGACACGGUUUUAUAUCAGGAUUCCUCCACACAAUGCUUCUAAAGACGUACGCUGAAUUAGCAAAGGAAUUUAGGGUGGCUCCAGGCGGAGAGUUUCGAAGGGCGUACCAUGAGGUGAAAAAAAUUCCUGGAUGCAAGUUAUUCCUUGGUGAUAGACCGAUGCGAAUAACUAUUGAUAGGGCAUUGAAAACACUCUCGGUGAUGGAGUUUAUUCAGAUCAUUUACCACCUGACUACAUCAAAGCCCGUGCCUAUAAAUCGGGCUCAUCUAGAAAAAUAUAAGGACACGGACUUUAUAAAGGAACAGUUUGAGCAGAUUACAAGAGAAGUUCCUGCAUUUAAAAAGAUAUUCAAUGUGUUAGUCGAUGAACGGGAUAAAUGUCUUGCGUACUCCAUUCAAGAGGCUGUUCGUAUGGUAAAGGAGCCUCGUAUCCUAGCUGUAGUAGGUAUGGGGCAUGUUAACGGCAUUUAUAGAUAUUACGGAAAACUAAAGUACAGUGAUAUAAUGCCUUUGUUAAUCAACUCAAUUUUUAGGGCUUUAUGAAAUUCUACUGGCGAAAAUCUUCGUUAGAGAUGGAAAAAAAAUUAAUGUCAAAUUUGACAUACCAAUAUGUGAUGAAAUGUCAAUGUCAAAAAAAAAAAUAAAGAAAAUUGUGGCUGCAAUGUUGAUAGAG